AUGGCAUCAGAAUGCCACGAUGCCAGCUCCAGUGCAUCAGCAAACGAUCCACAUACCAAUACAUAUGCCUCCAACGUCUGCAUAUUCGUCGCCACUUUACCCAAAGGUUCCUCGCCGAGCAUACACAGAGCGAUCGGAAUCCCAGGCAAGUCCAAAGACGGCUCCGAAGAAAAGAUCUCUUCGUCUUCGUCGUCUAGCUCCAGUACAUCCACAGGUUCCGUGGAAGAGAUACCUAGAGAAAAGAUACCCCGAGCUGCGCCGCGCUUCACAAAGCCUGAACCAUGCAGAUUCGCGCCGCAUCCACACAUGACAACCCAGCCCUGGGCCACGCAGACUCCGCAUCCUCAGCAAUGGAGAGGCACCGCUGGUGGAGGUGGGGCGAAUGAUCAACCUAGGUAG